GUUUCCCCCUUUUUCCUGUUCUGUCUGGUCGCAGUUUCUCCCUCAUCUUACGGUUGCGUGUGGCAAGUGGUCAAAGUGAACAAAACAAUCGUACAUCAGCUCCACUUUGUGUGCGUGUGUGCUGGAAGUGAACAAAUUGUAUGUUAUUUUGUACGCUCCUAAUGAGCCGUUGUUGCCCUUCCGUGUAGGUGUAUCCUGGUUUUGUAUGGUUAGGUGUUCUUUACUAUCAACAACCGUGUAAUUACGCAAACGGUAUUAUAAAGCGGACAGAAUGUCUAGCGUGCAACUGUACAAGCUGCCCGCCUUCGUCAUCACGUGGCAUCUGAUCGCGUUCGGGCAGUACGGGUACGCGAUCUACUUCGAUCGCUUUUUCGUCCACAUCCCGGACGAUCUCGACAUGCCGAAGAUGAUGCGACCGACGGAGUACGGUGGACGCUCCAAGUUCUUGACCUACUGGUGUUUGAUUCUACAAGCAGUUUACUUCACCAUUUGUCUGCUGAAUGAUUUCAUCGGUACCAACGAGGUCGCCCCGAAGCGGAUGCCACUCAUCCGCAAGCUGAAGGACUACAUGCUGGCUGCGUUCGCUUUCCCGGUGGCGUUCAAUGUCGGUGUUACCUUCUGGACGCUUAUGGCGAUCGACCGCGAGCUCGUCUUCCCGAAGGCACUGGAUGCCGUAUUUCCUGGCUGGCUCAAUCACGUCAUGCAUACCAACAUCGUGAUCUUCAUGGUGAUCGAGAUUUGCACCAGCUUCCGGCAGUAUCCGUCGCGCAAGGCCGGCCUUACCGGGCUGGGCAUCUUUAUGGCCUCGUACCUCGGCUGGCUGCACGUGGUGCGCCACUUUGGCGGCAUCUGGGUGUACCCGGUGCUGGACGUGCUGAAUCUACCGCAGCGCAUCCUGUUCUUCGCCGUCAGUCUCGGCUUUUGCGUCGGCCUGUACCUGCUGGGCGAGUUCUUUAACAAUCUGAUCUGGACCAAGGAGCUGAAGCAGCUGCGGGCGGCCACAGCCGGCGGCGCUAUGUCUCAACCGAUGGUGCUUGAUGAGGCAUCCACCAAACUCGAUACGAUUAAUAUUGUGUAACGCGACGAGAGAGUGGUAGAGGGACACACCCAUCCACACACGAGCAAGAUUCUUUCUGUGCAGCAUCGCUAAGCGUCAAUAAGGGUAUAGCAACAUAGCAAUUAAGCAACAAACACACACACAGAUAAAUAAGCGCAUUUGCAUUUACAACUAGUAUAAUUGUAUUUAAAAAGAGGCAAACCUGAGAACUUGAGAGCUUGGGGUGAAAUCUGGUGGCAGUCGACCAAACCAAAGUAGUAGGUACUUCUAGUACAGUGUGUGUGUGUGUAACUCAUCCUCAUUCAUUAAGCGUUGUAUUUUGCAGCCAUCCUUUUGCUUGCAUUCGAUGUGUGUUGGUUUUUGUCAUGUACCAUGUCGUAGGCGUUUAUAUGCAUUUAAAGGCAAUUUUUCACUGUUAUAUGCACCCAACACCACCCAGAAGGGAGAGGAACCGCUAUUGAGGUAUAGCUCGUUUAGCAAUUUUUUGACGAAUUUAGAUGUGAAUAAAUUUAGCACUCGUUUUUGUGUGUUUGUGUAUGUAAUACCGAAUAGGGAACGGAAAUAUACUUGCAAAAUUAUAUAGAGCUACACGAAAAAAAAACAAGCAAAUUGAACUCAAACUCAUCCAACUACUUCCAUUCUGCGAUUCUGUAAUAUUUGGAAUGUUUGGGGCGGUGCAAAAACGAGCGCAUGAUCUAUCUAAUAUGCGAAAAAAUGGUGAAAAUUAUUUACAAUAACGUCAUGCUAUAGCUGAAACGGUGGGUGGUACACGUACGAAUCCGCCCCGGCAAUUGGGCAAAACAUUCUAUUUCGGCCACCUAUAUUUCGUUCUCAUCAUCAUUACCCGCUGUGUAGCAUCUAUUUAAAUGUUGUCGUGAAUGUCAUUGUCAUUGCUGUACGGGUAAUAUCUCGGCCCUUUCGCCAGCACAGCACAUACCGUAGAUAGAGCAAUACCGUAAAAAAAGGAAAAGGAAAUUAGAAUAUUAAAAUGGGACAAAUAUUCAAAUUUUGUGCAAAACCCUCUUCCGCGUUCGGUGAGCAAACGAGCGGCGGGGGCAAGAGCAAACAAAAAACUAGCGUUUAGUAGGAUGAUGGUGCGGUGUCAUUUUACAACAUUCAUUCGACUUGCUUAUUAUAUAAAUGAAAAUACAAUAAAAGUACUGGAAAAUCAUA